GAAAAGUAAAUGAACCCAUUGGUCCCUUUCCCAAAGUCAUAGCCAUAGCCGCCUUGACUAUAAGCUCCUCCUCCUCCAAAUUCCUCUCCUUUCUUCUCUUCCCCAUUUCACUCUUCAUCAUCUCUACCAACGAAGAGCAACCACAUUUUGGUGUCGUUCUGAAUUUAAACUGAGAAUUUGAGAAUUGGGCAGAGGACUAAAUGCUGAUCAAAGAAGAGAGGAUGAGUCCUUGGCUACAUGGAGCAGCAGGAAUAGGGACAUAGAAAACAAGGACAUUGUGUUGUGGUACACCAUGUGCCUUCCCAAGAAGAUUUUCCCAUAUUGCCAACAAUUAGCAACCAGUUUGAGCUCCGGCCAACCAAUUUCUUUGAAAGCAAUCCUGUCCGGCCCCAAUAUGCGAAGAGGUCAAAUUGCGCAUCCACCUUCAACAUUGUCCCAGGGAGAAAUUCUGCUUGAAGGAAAAUGAAACAUCCAAAGCAAGCAGUUGCAAACACAGGUGUGUAAAAUGAUGAUCGUGCCCUUCACUUCAUUAUCAAAGACUCAAAAGCAAAGCAAAGCCAAUUAAAUAUGCUUGCUCUCAGUGCAAGGCAAAGACUCAAAGCAAGAGCGAGCCUGCAAAAUUAAAGUCCAAGACAAUAACAGUUAGCUACCUAGAACCACCUCUACCCAAAUUGAUUCCUUUAGGAAUUUGCAAAGCAAAAAUCCAUGACUGCUGCUCUAUUUAUAGCCGUUAGUUUGAUCCUACAAUGCUGCUUCACAGCUAGCACAUCCCACCCUCUAGACACUCUCAACCCAACUGAGAUCAACAAAAUAAGGCUCACAGUUCAGAAGUCUCACCUUGGAUCUCUUCCAAACCUCACCUUUCAUUUUAUUGACACUGAAGAGCCAGAGAAAUCUGAUGUUCUCAAUUGGCUAUCUUCAAGUGAAAAAGAGAGGUCUACCCCGCGCCGGCAGGCUAAGGUGGUGGCUCGAGCUGGUGGUCAGACCCACGAGCUCAUUGUGGACCUGGCUACGGGUUCGGUCAUAUCAGAUUAUGUCUACACAGGUCAUGGUUACCCCCCUCUCAGCUUUACUGAGCUCUUCCAAGCAAGUAAACUGCCUCUCAGUCACCCCAAAUUCAAGAGGUCAAUUUCAACAAGGGGAUUGAAUCUAUCUGAAGUUUCCUGCUUACCCUUUUCAAUUGGUUGGUAUGGGGAGCAUACAACAAAGAGAGCUGUAAAAGUUCAAUGCUUUUACAGAGGAGGAAGUGUCAAUGUUUUCACAAGACCUAUUGAGGGAAUUACCAUGAUAGUGGACAUUGAUUUGAUGCAGAUUACAAUGUACACUGAUAGGCUAAGAGCCCCUUUGCCUAAAGCUGAGGGCACUGAUUUUCAAACACCAAAAGGCAACUCCAAUUCUGCUUCUUGCAACAAAACCAAUAGUGGGUUCACCAUUUCAGGCCACAAGGUCAAAUGGGCAAAUUGGGUUUUUCAUGUUGGGUUCAAUGCUAGAGCAGGAGUUGUGAUCUCAACAGCUUCUGUAUUUGACAGCAGAAAGAAGAAGUAUAGGAGUGUGCUAUACAGAGGACACGUGUCAGAGACAUUUGUGCCAUAUAUGGAUCCUACAAGUGAAUGGUAUUUUAGGACUUUCAUGGACUUGGGUGAAUUUGGGUUUGGGAGAUCAGCUGAUAGUCUGCAGCCACUGAUUGAUUGCCCAGAAAAUGCAAAAUAUGUAGAUGGGUAUAUGGCUGGGGCUGAUGGCAAGCCACAAAAGGUGCAAAGGGCCAUUUGCAUUUUUGAAAGGUUCUCAGGUAAUGUUGCAAUGAGACAUACUGAGAUUAACGUUCCUGGAAAAUUGAUAAGAAGUGGGCAGCAGGAGAAGACUUUGGUGGUUAGAAUGGUGGCUACUGUUGGUAACUAUGAUUAUGUUCUUGAUUGGGAAUUUGAGCAAAGUGGUACCAUUAAAGUUGGGGUGGGAUUAACAGGUGUGUUGGAGGUGAAGGCCACGUCAUACACAAAUAACGACCAGAUAACGGAAAGCGUUUACGGAACUUUAGUGUCAGAAAACACCGUCGCCGUUAACCACGACCACUUCCUCACCUACUUCUUAGACCUUGACGUUGACGGUAACGACAACUCCUUUGUCACGGCCAAGUUGCAAACGGCAAGAACAAACCCCGUUAACGCCACAUCACCUAGAAAGAGUUACUGGAGGGUGGUUAAGGAAACCGCCAAGACUGAAGCCGAGGCUAGGAUUAGGCUCGGCUUGGAGCCAGCUGAGCUGUUAAUUGUGAACCCAAGUAGGAUGACUAGGCUUGGGAAUGUGGUGGGCUACCGGCUGAUAACUGGACAGCCGGUCACUUCUCUACUGGCUGAUGAUGAUUACCCGCAGAUUAGAGCUGCUUAUACUAAGUAUCAAGUUUGGGUGACUGCCUAUAAUAAGUCAGAGAGGUGGGCUGGAGGGUUCUAUGCUGAUAGGAGCCAUGGAGAUGAUGGCUUAGCUGUUUGGAGCAAGAGGAACAGAGCAAUUGAAAACAAGGAUAUAGUAGUAUGGUACACAGUGGGAUUUCAUCACAUUCCAUAUCAAGAAGAUUUCCCAGCUAUGCCCACACUUCAUGGUGGGUUCGAGCUCCGCCCUGCAAAUUUUUUUGAGAGCAACCCAUUACUCUAACAAAGAUGCUCUCCAUAACACGUGUUAAAUUCUCUUACAAGGAAAACUCUUAUGACAACAAUUACUUUUAACAGUUAUCUUCCAAAGUGUGAUUACUUAUUGUUAAUUUAAUUAAUUAAGGGUGGUGUACAGAUGAUUGGAUUGCCUCUGUUCACUGUAUAUAUAAUAAGUUUGUCUGGUUGUUGAUCU